AGAUAAAGAUAAAAAGUUGAUAAAUAUUAACAUAAAUUGUCAGAUCUGUUCAGUUGAGGUAGUAAAGCAGCUGAGAUAUUGCAUUUAACAUAUUUCACAUUUAAACAGUGAGAUCUUGCAGAUUACACAAUUUGUAUAAUAAAAAAUACUAAAAUAAAAAUGAAAUUACAAUAAAAUGUAAAUAAAAUUUAAAAAAUUAACCACAUCCACAUUACAAUACCUUUAUUAUAAGGACUGUGAAUCAUCUGUGCCUAUAUUGCUUACAAUUAAAAAUCUAAAGUUUAAAAUAAUGGUUUAGAUUGUGUGGCUUGAAGAUUAGAUUGAGACUUAAAUAUGAUGUUAAAAUCUAGUAAAGCCUUUCAGGUGCUAAAUUGCAACUAGUCAACCACUGACUGCACAGAGCUCUUUGCACAAUGGGAGGACAUUCAUGGAUAGAUGAGUCUUGACCGCAGCUGAAAUGGAAAAGUGCCCAGUGCACCCGUAUCACAAUAUGCAUUGUAAUGUGAAAUGUGAGCCCAGAGAAUGCUGAGCUCAUUGCUAUAGCAUUGAAGGUGUGUACUGCUUUGCACAACCCCCUUGAUGCAGUUGCUAAGCAACCCCUUAACGUCUUGUAGGUCCUGAGGUAAUUGCUGAGGCAACCUUGUAUCUUAUUUACUGGCACCAUCUCAAAAACAUGGCAAUAUUAGAGCAGUAUUCACACUGACAGCUGUGGGGAAAGUAGGAAAGUACUAUAGUCCCUUAAAGAAAUACAAAUAAUAAAGUAUAUCGCAACUCAAAAUCGUGUGGGAAAUAUAUUUAGAAGACAACUGACGUUGUGUAGUACAAAAAGCAUCAAAUAACGUUAGGUCGCUUUGUUUAUUUUGAGAUAUAGCCUACAAUCCAGUUAGCCUUUACGGUGUGACAGAUGAAUGUCAUUUUAACAAUUUAUCGAGUAAAACACUAGCGAGAAAUAAUGAAGCAGUUUGGUACAUCUGAGAGAUAAAGCUGAAGCAAAUAGGGAGUUAGUCCCUCUAGACGUUAUUACGCUACAUGGAGGCGCACUUCCGUCCCCGCAUAAUUCUGUUUAGGGGAGCAGGUGCAGGAAAGGGGGCUGAAGCAUCACCACAGAUAAAGCAAUACAUUUCAUUUAAUUGUAGCGUUGAAUUUCUAUACACGAACACUGGGUCGGAAGAUGGUAGCAAAACAACGAAUCCGUAUGGCAAACGAGAAGCACAGCAAAAACAUCACUCAGAGAGGAAACGUGGCGAAGACCCUGCGACCACAAGAGGAGAAAUACCCUGUGGGACCAUGGCUUUUGGCACUUUUUGUAUUUGUUGUUUGUGGAUCAGCUAUCUUUCAGAUCAUACAAAGUAUUCGAAUGGGAAUGUGAAUUCCAGAAUUCUUCACAUACUGUACCCUGCCCUACAUCUGAAAGAGAUUUAUGGGUGAUCAGAUACAAACUGUCAGAGGACUGGAUGGUUACAACAUUCCUUGUGGGUCCUACGAAGGAUUGUAUGCUAGAGUUUGAUCUGGGGUACAAUAAUACAUGACAUUUUGUCACAUGUUUACAGUGUCCCUGUAUGAAGGGAACAAGUACUUUUCUACAGAACCAUUGUUGUUAUGUCCCCAAAUCUUUUCACUUUCGCCAAAUUCAUUUCUGUUUACUGAUCGCUUGUCAUUAUCCAUUUCUCUAUUUAACUGUGUUUGCGUGAACUUUUUCAAAUAAACGUCAAACACAUUUGGAUAGUGCUUCAUAAAAAGGUAGACUUUAAAAAGCAGAAUGUUUGUGUAAACAUUUUAAAAUCAUACAGAAACAAUAGUAUUAUAAAAUUAUAGUACAUAAUAGAUGUUCCAAAAUGUACAUUUAACAAAUAGCACACUUACUGUAUAGACAAUCACACUGGAGCUGGCUGAAGAUGACAUUGACAGGAUGACAAAACAUUGUCUAUUAGAACAUUCUUAUUUUAAAUCUAACUCACUCUUUAGGUUUUUGCAAGUUUCAUGAUAUAAAUCACACCACAACGCAGUUUUAAUAACCGUGAAGUUCAAUCUCUUAAAUUAUCACAAAAAAUAUUUACAUUUUUGCAUUUAGCAGACAAUUUUAUCCAAAAUAAUGAUUUUGAUGUAGCAUUACUACUAAUAAUACAAAGAAACAGUUGGAGCUUGACUGCAAUCUAACGUGUGUACUAGACAUAAAUGUACGACAACAGCAAGAAAUAUAUACUCACCAAUAUGGGCAGAAGCAGCU